GCGGUCACACUGUAUUAAAGAAAAAAACAGAAAAAACUCGUGUUUUUUUGUUUUUCACAAAGAAAGGAAAGAAAAAAAUUAAGAUAAAGAUUUUCUAAAGCUCUCAAGAUGGGAGUACCAGCAUUCUUUCGGUGGCUAAGCCGGAAAUACGCGAGUGUGAUAAUCGAUUGCAAUGAGAACAAGCAGGUCGAUCCGGAUACCGGUAAAAAUAUCUACGAGGACGCCACCCUCCCCAAUCCGAAUGGAGUCGAGUUCGAUAACCUGUACCUGGACAUGAACGGCAUCAUACACCCUUGUACGCAUCCGGAGGACAAGCCGGCGCCAAAGAACGAGGACGAGAUGAUGGUGGCCAUUUUCGAUUGCAUCGAUCGACUGUUUGGCAUUGUCCGUCCGCGCAAGGUGCUCUACAUGGCCAUUGACGGUGUGGCGCCCAGGGCCAAGAUGAACCAGCAGCGGUCGCGACGCUUCCGGGCGGCCAAGGAGACAACCGAGAAGCGAUUAGAGAUUGCACGCAUUCGCGAGGAGCUGCUGACCCGCGGCUGCAAGCUGCCGCCCGAAAAGGAGAAGGGUGAGCACUUCGAUUCCAAUUGCAUUACGCCCGGCACUCCGUUCAUGGACAGGCUGAGCAAGUGCCUCCACUACUACGUUCACGAUCGGCAGAACAAUAACCCGGCAUGGAAGGGCAUCAAGGUCAUCCUCUCGGAUGCCAAUGUGCCCGGCGAGGGUGAGCACAAGAUCAUGGACUACAUACGGAAGCAGCGCGCCCAGCCGGAUCACGAUCCCAAUACCCAGCAUGUGCUCUGCGGCGCCGAUGCGGAUCUGAUCAUGUUGGGCCUGGCCACCCACGAGCCGAACUUCACCAUCAUCCGGGAGGAGUUUCUGCCCAACAAGCCCCGGCCCUGCGACAUUUGCAAUCAGUUUGGCCACGAAAUGGACAAGUGCGUGGGCCUCAGUGCCGUCGGCUCGUCGGGGGCCAACUUCAAGCCCGAUGUGGCCAUUGGGGCCGAGGUGAAGUUCAUAUUCGUGCGGCUGAGCGUGCUCAGGGAGUACCUGAAGCAGACGCUCGAGAUGCCCAAUCUACCGUUCGAAUAUGACUUUGAGCGCACCCUCGACGACUGGGUGUUCAUGUGCUUCUUUGUGGGCAACGAUUUCCUUCCCCAUCUGCCCAGUCUGGAGAUACGCGAGGGCGCCGUCGAUCGUCUGGUGGAGCUGUACAAGAAAUGCGUAUACAAGACAAAGGGCUAUCUGACCGACUCUGGGGACGUGAAUCUCGAUCGAGUGCAGCUGAUAAUGACGGAUCUGGGCAAUGCCGAGGAUCAAAUAUUCAAGAGUCGCCAGCGACGCGAGCAGCAGUUCAAGGCCCGGGAGAAACAGAGGCAGCGGCAGGAUCACAGCGCCCUGGAUCAGUCGGUGUUCGGCCCCACGGCCGUUGGUGGUGGACGCAACGGCCAGCCCUCCAGCAUUGCCAAUUACAAGCAGGAAGCUGCGGCCCUGAGGACCGGACAAAAGCGACCCAACGAGGACGCCAAGGAGGAGGAGGAGGACAACGAUGAGGUGCGCUUGUGGGAGGAUGGCUUCAAGAGUCGCUACUACGAGUCCAAGUUCGAUGUGGCACCCGAGAACCAUUCGUUCCGCUAUGCCGUGGCCCUGCAAUACGUGCGUGGACUGUGCUGGGUCCUGAAGUACUACUACCAGGGCUGUGCCUCCUGGAACUGGUACUUCCCCUAUCACUAUGCCCCCUUUGCAUCGGAUUUUGUCAACAUCCAGGGCCUGUCGACGGCCUUUGAGAGGGGCACAAAACCCUUCAAUCCGCUCGAACAGUUGAUGGGCGUCUUUCCGGCGGCCAGUAGCUCGCAUGUGCCCGAACCCUGGGCCGAACUAAUGUCCAGUCCCGACUCUCCCAUCAUUGACUUUUACCCGGAGGACUUUAAGAUCGAUCUGAAUGGCAAGAAGUUCGCCUGGCAGGGCGUCGCCCUGCUGCCCUUCGUCGACGAGAAGCGUCUCUUCAAGGCCCUCGUGCCGUACUACACACAGUUGACCGGCGCUGAGGUGAAGCGCAACAAGCGUGGCCACAAUUUCCUGUACAUCAGCAACUCCAGUCCGCACUACAAGAAGGUGAAGAAGAUAACCGAGAGCACCGACACCGAGGAACAGUGCAAUGCCAUCUCGUUCAAUGGCAUGCGUGGCACCAUACUCCGUUCGGACAUAGACACUGCCAUCGAUGGCUGCCUGCCGUCGCCGAUUGCUGGACUGCCGGACAUCACCGGCAAUACUAUUGUGACGACGUUCUUCAUAGAUCCCGAGUACGAUGAUGACUACAUUUUCGAGGCCAAGCGUCUGCCCGAUGCCGUUGAUCCGCCGCAAGUUCUGCCCUCGGAGGGCCAGAAGAACGGACCCGUCAUCGGUUUCAAUAGCCAUCAUUCGAGGGCCUAUAUUGCACCGGGUGGACAUCGCAUGCUGAAUGCUGGCAUCCGUAAUGGUCAGGGCGACAGGGGACAGCAGGGCUACAAUCAGGGUGGCGGUGGCGGUGGGGGCGGCUAUGGUCAGGGACAGGGCCAGGGCCAGGGACAAGGCUAUCAGAACAAUAGCCGCAAUUACAAUUACAACUACAACAACAAUUACAACCAGCAGCACCAGGGCGGCGGCGGAGGAGGUGGAGGCUAUCAGAGUCAGAGUCAGGGUGGCGGCUAUCAGAACCGCCAGCAGUACGGUGGUGGCCAGCAGCAGUACCAGAACCAAAGGUAUACACAGGACGGUGGACAGCAGCAGCAACAGGGCCAAAGGAGCUACAACAAUUACAAUGGGCAGCAGAGGAAUUACCAGCAAGGAGGGGGCGGCGGCGGAGGAGGCGGUGGUGGCGGUGGCAAUAGGCAACAGAAUCAAAAUCAAAACUAUAGAAGAUUUUAAGCGCGCACACACACACACAACAUUUUAUGCAACGCUCUUACAAGUAGAAGUAAAGUAAUAUAAAACAUUUUAAUGAAAACAAAUAACGAUAAUAGAUUGAACCACAAAAAGCUACACCAGUUAACUCCCAGGAACAUUCAUUGUUACCUUAGUGCCUCAAUAUAAAUUGUAUAUCAUCUAUGCAGAUCAGAACAGAUUAUCAAUGGAUUUGGCACACAAAGAGACGCCUGCCUUUAUUAAUGCCAGUGCCUCUAGGGCACCUCAAAAAUACACAUAGUACAUGUAUCAAAUUUAAAUUCAAUUAGUAGAACCUUCGCCCAUAUAAUGCAGUGCAGUACCAUUAAUGGACAGUACCCAGCUUGGGGUUACUAUCUGUCAGCUAUCCAUAUACUAUAUACAAUUUUAACAAAUAGUGCACCUUAAUAACAAACAAUUAUACAUUAAGAAUAAAAAAUUCAUUAAUUUCUGUA